CUCCAAACUUGUUUUAUUUUCCAACCCUAGCCCUUCUCGCUCUGUACUCCACUCCUGAUGCUAAAUCACCAACUCACCACCGAGUCAUCAUCGGAAAAGGCAUGGCACGUCCUGGCUCUCCUACUCUCCCUUGGCCGACCGGCCCCGCUUGCAGAAAUCUCUUCCCGAUGCACGCUCUUCCACGCAACUCCCGACCUUAUCCACUCACUCUGUCAAAUUCCUUACUCUCCCAUUUCACUUACGAAGGAUUUCUCUGUCACUCCCUCUGUAUCCGCCUUCAUGUCUUUCACCGAAUUCGUUGCCAAAAAUAUUGUUCUUCUAGAUUCGCUCAAGCAUCGGAUUCUCUAUGGGUCCUGCUCCGACAACUUCUUGCACGUGCUUUAUAGGAAGCGAAAACGAUAUCCAUUUGACGAUUCUGAUGACAGUGAAGUAUUUUUUCCUAAGAGAAUUCGAAAUACUUCUGCUAAGGUAUUUCAUCAAAUAACUGAUGGUGCCAGCGGGAGCAUACCAAGUGGCAUGUCAAUCAUGUUAAAUCAAGUGAUGCCUGAGUCUCCCUUAUUUUUUAAACUCAGUUCUGAGCAGUUAAGUUUAAAGCUUAAGGAAGUUGGAAAAGUCGAGGGUGAAGCAGAUAAGAAUAUAUGUGCACAAAGGAUAGUGCCAAAAAGGUUAAUGAUUAGUGGGUCUAACUUGGAAUUGGAUCUUCCAAGUAAAUCGUUUUGUGAUAGGCAUUUGCAUCAAAGCAUAAGUGUUAGUGCUCUGUAUUGUCCAGAAGAUGCCAGUAAAGCUGCAAGUAUUGCAGCAAUUGAAUGUGAAAGAAGUACUGAAGGCAAGGAGGAAAAACAUUUAGUUGAGUUAGAUAGUCUGAAAAGAAAAGAAACAGUCUACCUGGAGUUAGAUACUGCUCUGAUUGAUAUCCCUCUUGAUAAAGAAUCCAAUGAAACUAAUAGUUUGAUUUCUGGUGGUACUGAGCUAAAUUUGGAUAAGGAUCCAAUUGCUGUGAAUGUGAAUGACAGGGCUAUCCCAUCAGCAACAAAGCUUCCUGUUGCCAAUAAGUUGUUGAGGAUACCCUUGUCCAAGAUUCACAGGGUUGAAAUUAAUUCAAAACAACAGGCUCUCAACAAGUCCUUAGGGCGACCUAAGGCUUUAAACACUCCCAAAGAUCAGCUCCACUGUAAAAGAGAUUUGGUGUCAGUUGGUGUUGGCCUGAAGGCAACACAGAAUCAAAAUGGCAUACAUAUUAAAGAUCACAAGGGUAACCCCACCUCUCUUUCUUCGAAGGAUCAGGCAAAGCCAAAAGUACUGCCUAACUUUGAAUCAUUUAUUGUAGAAGAGGAAGAAGGUUCAGGUGGCUACGGCACAGUUUACAGAGCACGGAGGAAGAGUGAUGGAACUAUAGUUGCUAUUAAAUGCCCUCAUGCAAGCGCCAAUAAACACCAUGUUAACAAUGAAUUGAGAAUGCUGGAGCGGUUUGGGGGGAAAAAUUUUAUAAUUAAAUAUCAGGGCUGUUUUAAGAGUGGAGAUUCAGAUUGCUUUGUUCUAGAGCAUGUUAAGCAUGACAGACCUGAGGUUCUGAAAAAGGAGAUAGAUAUAUCUGAGAUACAGUGGUAUGGCUACUGUAUGUUCCGAGCACUUGCAAGUUUACAUAAGCAGGGAAUAGUUCACAGAGAUGUUAAGCCUGGCAAUUUCCUUUUCUCUCGUAAGGCAAUUAAAGGUUAUCUUAUUGAUUUCAAUCUUGCAUUGGAUCUGUAUCAUAAGUAUGGAAUUAUAAACAAAUCAAAGGUGGGGUAUGAUGUAAGCUUAAAUCAUGUUACUCUUCCUAGUGUCAAAUACAUGCCUCCUGUUAAUAGUAGGAAGGUUCCAAGUGCAAAACCUUUGGCUGCAGUCAAACAAGAGGCAACCAAGGGCUCCAAUUCUACUUUAGCACAUAAAAAUUUGAAGAGAAAGUCUGCAGGACAAACAAAAGCCUGUAACGACCUGGGUAGUUGGAGCGUGAUCAACAGUCAAGGUGCAGAUGGCUCAGGGGUAACCUCUGUUAAAGAUGUGAAUAGCACUAAGACUCCAUCUGCGGAAAGGUUGAGAGAACCUUUGCCAUGCCAUGGUAGGAAGGAGCUCAUCAGCCUACUAAAGCAAGCAAUACAGAGUCCGAAUGAUCAAGCAUCACAUUUUCCAGCUCCUAAGAGAAAGCGGGUUGCUGCCCUUCCUGGAAAACCAGAUAGAGAGCUUGUAUAUCUUACUCCAAUGCCUCUGCACUCAAGUGGAAUUGCUGUUGCUGGAGCUGGCUUGAGGAAUAAAGGAAAUGAUAAGAACAAGAAAGAAGGUCCUUGUGCUGGAACGAAAGGAUUUCGAGCUCCAGAGGUCUUGUUUAGAUCUCAACAUCAAGGCCCCAAAGUUGAUAUCUGGUCCGCCGGGGUCACCUUACUCUACCUAAUGAUUGGAAGAGCACCGUUUGUCGGCGAUCCUGAACAGAACAUAAAGGAUAUUGUAAAAUUGAAGGGUAGUGAAGAUCUGUGGGAAGUUGCUAAAUUACACAACCGAGAAUCGUCAUUCCCUGAGGACCUCUAUGAUACAGAGUCUUUGGCACCAAUGAACCUACGAGACUGGUGUGAAAUGAACACAAAGAGAAGAGACUUUCUUAAAGUAAUCCCAAGUUCACUUUUUGAUUUAGUGGACAAGUGCUUGGCGGUGAACCCAAGAUUGAGGCUGAGUGCAGAAGAUGCUCUCAAACACGAGUUCUUUGCUCCAUGUCACGAAAGCCUGAAGAAGCACAAGUUGCUGAGGCAGGGGCUCGCCCCUGACAACACAACUACCCAUGAAUCACAAAAACAAAUCGUUGCAGGGCCUGUGAAGUCUUCUCGAUAGCUAGUAUUUCGACCUGUAUUAACUUUCAGAAACUUGAAUCCAUAGUUAUUGCUAACUCUUUGCUUGCAGCUGUUGUGGUUGUUGCAUUGCCCAUUCACAAUUGCUGUGAAGGUAUGAGGCAGCCAGACUAGCUAGCUUGCAUUUCUUGUUUCUAUUAUUAAAAUCCCUUUGUAAAGUUCUUACUGUAGAAAUUGCAAGUAUUCAAAUAGGUGAAUAAAAACCAAAGUUUGUGCUUA